AGUGAGUUGCCGUAUUGACAAAGGGUAUACCGGUAGAGCUGGCGGGCGCUGAGCUCUGGAAGAAGAGGAUAACUUUGGCUGGGCUAGAUCUCGAUUGACCUGAAAGUAGGCAGGCCAAGCAAGGGAAACUGUCGGUUCUGAAAUGGAUGCUCAUGCUCAGUGGUGAAAGUAAAAUAUAUUGACUCUUUCAAUUCUAGUUUCGCAAGAUGUGCAUAUCAUUUCGACCUUUUAACCAGGCAGAAAUAAUUGAUGCCGUUUGGUUUGUUAUCACCAAUGCACCAUUUCAAUUGAUUUGGCAUUUAUUUUGCUGAAUAAAUGAACUUGGAAACUCAAAACUUGACAGGAGCAACAGAAUUCAAAGUACACCAGCGUUUUUAUCAUCAUCAGCAUCAUCAUCACAUUCAUUUCACCGCCUGCUUGUCCACAUAUAUUUUCGUCAGAAACACGUCCUUUUUUGACAGAUCCUUGAGAAGUCGUUCGACAUGUCAAAGUUAAAAUUCGAAGAGAGUCUACAUGUAGGUGAAGGGCGGGCAGAUGGUGAAGAAAAGAAAUCACCAUACAUACCAAGCUACAUGGAUCUGAGUAAUGGUCCUGAACCGUGUGUAGUAUGCGGAGAUGCUGCUACUGGCUAUCACUACAGGUGUAUGACAUGCGAAGGAUGCAAGGGUUUCUUUCGAAGGACGAUUCAGAAGAAGUUAAGCUAUUACUGUAAAUGGAAUGAAGAAUGCAUCAUAGACAAAACAACCAGAAAUCAAUGUCAGCAAUGCCGUUAUAAGAAAUGUCUUAACGUGGGCAUGGCACCAGAUUUGGUACUCAACGAGAGUCAACGCAAAGCAAAGAGAGCGCUGAUACAAGAGAAUCGUGAGAAGCGAGGCAGAGAAGAAAUGUUGAGACAGACUGGUCUAAUUGCUAAUAAUCAGCUAACAGAUCAUGAAGAGGCUUUGAUCAGAGCUAUCUUAGUAGCUCAUAAACAAACAAGUCAUAUGUACAGGAGAGAAUCUAGCUCAGGAGAAGAGAGUGAACCUGAUAGCAAGAAACAGAAGUUGGAAGAUGAGAAACCCUUGUCCGAGAUUAUGACGCCCUCUAUAGUCAAAGUGGUGGAGUUUGCCAAGAGAAUACCAGGAUUUACAGGUCUCCACCAUGAUGAUCAGAUCUUAUUACUAAAGACGUGCUGCAUGGAGAUCAUGUGCCUCAGGGUAGCACAGAAGUUUGAUCCAGACAGUCAGAAGUUGAUCCUAUCCAACGGUCUCAGGGUCGGCAAGUCCGACAUGGAUCAUGGUGUCCUCAGCGAGCUCAUCGAGCCCAUCUUUGAUUUUGCAGUCAGUAUGUCUAGAUUACAACUCACAGAAACAGAGAUGGCCCUACUAGCUGCUGUAUUACUGAUUGCAGGAGACCGACCAGGUUUGAAGGAGGCUAAGUUGGUGGAGACAUUACAGGACAGCUUGCUGACUGCCUUUCAACAUUUCAUCAAUGAAUCCAGGCCUAAGACACCUGUGCACUGGGCUAAGAUUCUCAUGAAGAUAACUGACCUGAGGACAAUCAGUGCCAGACAUGCUGAGCGCAUCAUGUGUAUCAAGUUGGACCGACCAAACGAGAUUCCUCAGAUAUUCCUGGAGAUGUUUGAUGAUAAUGCUUUGGUCUGAGUCACCCUAUUCCUCCUACCUCAAAUCCAACCCUUGAAAUAGAUAACCAAAUCAAGCAGAAAGCAGUCUGUCCUCUUCAUUCUGCAUAGAAUCUACUACAUGAUAUCCCUGUCACACCUUCAGACCUAUGGAUAACCAUCUAAACUUUAGCUACCGGUAUUCAGGUUGAUUGGAGUUUAAGUUUGGUCUAUCGUAGCAAUCCAUGUCGGUCUCAAUGUUGUGACCGGAAUAAGAAGGAUGAAGCAGGAUCCAAAUCAACUCAAUAUUGCAGGGAAGUGUGAACCAUUCACAUGCAUCCAUUUGUUGUUGAAGGAGCAGAGGGUAUUCCUAGGUAUGACUGCUCUAUCCAGGAUCAGGUAGGGUUGGGAGUGGUCUUUGAGAGUAGAUGAUGUGUCUGUUCUACCAUUGCUGCCUAUCCUUGAUACCCUCUCCUCUUACCUCAACGGUCGUCAUACUACUCCAUCCACACUUGAUUCAAGUUUUCUAUAUUUAAUUCUGGUUAAAUAUUCUUUUCAAUUAUUCAUGUUUUAGGUUUUAUGAAAGGAUAUGUUGGCUAGACUCAUGCUUGUAGAUAUGUAAACACGUUAGUCUCAGGAAUAUUAUGUUUAUUAUUAUAAUGUAUUUGGAUGAGAAGACUCCAUGUUAUCAAGAUGUGAAGUAGUUCCAUUACUCCAUGUGGUGUAUACACAAACUUGUUUGAUGGAUGAGCCACGUGAGAAGUGGUAUCUCAAGAAAUAUCUUCAUGUGUUUUCGUUUACUCUAAAGAUUGUUACAUGUAUAUCGGUAAUCCUUUCCAUGCCAAACAAUCCCCUUGUUCAUGCAGCAGUAAUAUAAUAAAAUUUGCUGAAAUCACCCACAUCCUCUUAUAAUUUAGAAUAAUUUGAUCAUACAUGUGAGAAAAUUCUUGAAAAGUCUUGUUAAUUUAAAAUAAGUAUAAAGUAGGUUCCAUUAUGUUUCACCAUCAUAAUGGAGGGACUUGUAUUCCUUGCUAAAUAUCUUUAUCCUUGUUUAAUGUUGAUAUGUAGAUUACAAAAGAAUCUUUUCAGGAGUAAUACCCUGUAAGAAGGAAUGAGUAAAGGAGUACAAACAGACAGCAACUAUAAGCGCUGCUCAAUGCAAGAAGGAUGUUAAUUCCUAUCAUUGAACACAGGUUUGUCUCCUUUCUUGCUCUCAAGAGACAAUUUACUAGAGCUGAAUCAGACCCUCUGUCACUGGCGUGGUUAGGAUUAACCGAUGAAGUAUCUCAGGAAAGUUAUAUUCUUAUCAGGUGAUCAGAUGAUAUUAUUAGUUUCCAUGGUAACCUAUACCUCUCAGGGAGUGGUCAGUUUGAAACGAUUUCUGAUCAUACUAUCUGCAGAGAACCAGAAGGAUGUUAACUUUAUGUAAGUCACAUCAGCUAACACCCUUCUGGCUCUCUGCAGAGAACAGAAGCAUGUAAAGAAGCAUGUUGUAUGAAAUAUGAAUAGUAUAUACAUACUGGUGGUUGUCACAAAUUGUAUAUCUUCUGGUGACAAUAUUUUGGUGAUUUGUAUUUAAACAAAAAGUAACAAAAUAUUGGAUGGUUAUAGCAAGGGGAUCAUUUAUUGUAAAUUUUGAACUACUCUAUAUUUAUAAGUAAUCUUGCCAAAUAAUCCCAACUGUUAAUUGUUUCAAGUUCAAAGGGCAAAAAACAGGGUUAAACAAAAACAAAAACAAUAUUUGAAAUGUUUAUACAUGUAGGUUUUGCUUGAUGGAGUCGUUUUUUGUGGGCCACUGCCCACAGAACGGCAGGCUCCGCCUUUGGAUUUGGGAAUAUUGACUCGAUUACCUUCGCCAAAGGGGUGUGACCAGAUUUCUGAAAGAUCCGGGCCGAUGCCUUCGCUCGGAGUGGAACUACCCUAGGGUUUAGGAUCAACUGCAAGGGCCAGUCCUCCUUACCAAGAGUGCAAAGACACGAAGGCCAAGGUGGAGCUCCCUGCGCAGAUGCCUUUCGCCGACCCGGGCUGCCGGUCCCGAGCACCGCGUCAGGCCGCCACGAUAGACAAUUCAUCCUUUUUCGUGUGAUCCCAUUUUGAUCAAUCGUGUUGCAAGGUUCUAGGUAUGAUGGAUAUAGAAUAGAUCAUUAAUGUUAAAAUGUUACACCCAAACACCUUGGGUGAAAGUGUAGAACAGGGGUAACAUAAUUAAGUUAUUUUCUUGCCAUUUUUAGGCGAACAAUAUAUUCAUCAGUGACAUGAAACAUGUUUUUGAUUGGGAAAGUGUCAAACAUUUGUGUAAAUAUUAUAUUAUCUAUUAUAUAUUAUUACAUGUAUCUUCAUGAGUGUUCUCACUCGUACAAAUGAAGAAUAAACUUCCAGUGUGUUGUGUGUGAAUAGUUUGUUUAAAUAUAAAUAUAUAAUCUAAUCUCUAUGUUUUGACAUUUGAGAUAAGAAAAUCAAUCAUAAAAAAAAACAAUUUUCAGGGAUUAAUAUCUUCUAAUUUUGCCUUAACAUUCUAUAAGUAGUUAGUAUUAUAUGGAGAUAUGCCUCUAGAUACUUACUCAAAAACAGAUUCGUAUGGACAAAAAAAGCAAUUUUAUGAAAACAAAAUAUAAAACGGAUUGAUACUGGGUAUGUCAAGUUUCUUACAUUGUGUGCUAGGUUUAAAAGAGCUUCAUGUAUAUAAUAUGUAGAAUCUUUGAUUUGUAUUUACCAUUUUUACUCUUCUGUACAAAGUCUAACAGGAGAGCUGUAAGCAUGGAUUCAAAACAGCAGUAUACAGUGAUGUAGAUCUUCUUAAAAAAUAUGAACCUCUGGAAAAGAUAUUGAAUUUUUUUUUUGACAAAUAUAAAGCGGAUUGAUUCAGUAAGGUUUCAUAGAUGGCUUUUAAGCCAAUUUAUCAUGUAGGACAUUUUAGUUUGGGCUUCAAUGGAAUUACUUACAAUUGUGAUUUUCUAUAUUCAAAGUUGGUAACCAUUGCCAUCUUAAGAUAAUUUGUUUAAAUUUUUUGGAGAUAACGAUGUUAAGUCAGAACACACCUACAUGUAGUAAGAUUUGUUCCAAGUUGUACAGAAUUUUUACAUGAAUCACUUGACUUCAUAAAAUUAUACGAGAAAGUAUGAUUUUAGAUCAGUGGAUUAGUUUGAUUUCAUGUUCAUUUGAGCAUGUAUCAAUUUGGACAAUGAUUAAACUAUUUAUCUGAAUGUAUGUCUGUUAAGGAGAGGUAUCAUCAUUGUUGUAAAUGUUAUCUGAAAGUUUUUUUCUUGAAAUCCUCCAUAAUCUACCUCAUAGUUAAGUAAUCUACUUUGAAUUCUUUGUUUGCUAUACCUCAUUUUAUUAUACCUCAUUCUAUGUGAAGCUAGGAUAGAAAUAGUUAUUAUUCUUCUCUUUCAUGGAACUGUAUCGUCAGGAAUCAAUGGUGAAUGUGGGCAAGUCCAGUGGUCAUGUGUAGUCCCAUACAUUACUAAAUAGUUAUUGUGCUAAUAUGCACAUGAACUGACACCAUUACUAUACAUAUCGUCGCUGUUUUCACGAAGUGACGGUAAUGAAAAAAAAUUGCAUUCACUUUGCGUUACGAUUUUCCUCACUACCGUCACUUCGUGAAAACAAGGACGAUAUAAUGUUGCUUUGUUAAUGGGCUGAUCAAAGCUCUAGUAGGGCUCACAAAUUAAUACCAUCGUCAGAAUAUUCUAAAUUCUAAUUAUAGGACAAAAUAGCUUGGACUUACCCCAUUAGUUUUAUGUUAAUAUUGGGUAUAUUUAGGAGAGUAUUAUACAGGUUUGUGUUUGACGAGGGAGUGGUGAUUUUGCAACUUUCUAUUAUUUUCUCAACUUUAUUGUCAUUAAUAUGCCAUGUUGGGUCAACCCAUCUUCUUGUUCUCCCUUGAAGUGGAUAAUUGUAUAUAUUAUGAGGGAAUGAAAAAUAAAUGUGAUGGUUUGGGUCCAUUUCGAGGCAUAGCACCAUCUCUUGACGUUAUUAGUGUAAAACGUAACUGAAAAUUGUUUCAUGGAGAAUUUAGUCAAUAAUUGUUUUCUGAACAUUGAGAUCAUGUGUUUGCACAAUUCUAAAAUAAACCCAUGGAAUAUAAAGUAUAUAGGCUUACUUAUUAGUGCUCAUGUAAGUGUGAGGGGAAAUCAUAUUGUAAAAAUCAUUGAAAUUGACUAGUUUAAUACACAAUUCAAAAGUGACAGUAAUUUAAAGACAGUUGCAUCAGAUUAUCUUGAUGAUAAUGAUGUCAAAUACAGGGUACAGAUUCCAGUGUUUAUGCACGUGUGUGAUUAUCAUCAUCAUCAUGUAUUCAGUUUUAUGUUUUUUAUAAAAUGGCCAAAUCUUUUUACCCACCAAAGUAUGUAGGCUUGUGACAUCAAUAAAGCAAUUUUCUUAAUUUCAUCACGUUACUUGUCUUAUCAGUAGGGUAAAUGAAGACCACAGCUUAAAUUUAGAAUGAGCUUUUUAGAUUCAUUUCAUUAUGCUUGGUUUAUAAGAGACAUUUAUCUAUCACAGUAUUUAUAGGCCUCAUACUUGGAUUAAAGAUGUAAUGAAGAAUGCUUGCCUUUGAUAGGCUAUGUGUUUAUUACCAUGUUAUUUAUACCAUUUAUGGAGAGAUGCGGUUCAGAGUUUGUUUAACUUUAUGACAAGUGUGAUCCCAAAGAAUCUUGAGCAGCUGAAAACAUUUCAUAAACAAAAUUUUGGAUUCUAAAAGUGUGUGCUAAACAUAAUUGUAUCUUGCUGUGUGAAUCGUUAGAGGAUGAAAGUUA